AAUUCAAAAUGCUUGCUUAUACUGCUCUGAAUGUUAAAACCACAUAUUGAAACUUCCAGUUUUUUUAAAUACAAUUUUUAUUUAAAUAGUUUUUUAAUGUGAAAAUAUAUUUUAUUUGGAUCGAAAUGCCGGGUAACUCUUUAGGGCGCAGAUCAUCUACGAAUCCCGUAAGGAUAUCUUCGUUUGAUAGGGAAGAUAAAAGUUUCAUGCGGACAGAAUCGAGAAAAACACAAACAUUAAAACCAAAGAUUUUCUCAAAUGAAAAUUCUCAUAUACCAAGGCCUCGAAUGCGAGCUUCUUCGUGUGAUAGAAUAAGUAUUAGGGGAUCGGUAUUAAAAACAACAGCUAAAACUCCACUUCGUCAAGUACCGACAACUCCAAAGACACCAAUAACAAAUGCUAGCAAGCCUGCUAGUCUUCUUACAGCAGGAAGUUCAAGCAAAAUUCAUGCAGGACUUCCAACAGGACGUAGAUCUUUAUCAGCUGACCGUGCUAGCAAUAUUGGUGCUAAAGGUCCUAGAAAAGAUACAAGACCAUUAACAGACAAAAUAUAUCAGGCUCAUAUGCUUAGUAAAAUUGAUAACUUUUUAGCUAUAAAUCAUUGUUCUUCUAUGAUUAAUAGCAAUGGAAGCUUAAAACCUGUUACCUUAAAAAUGUUUGUUGAAGUCUCUGGAUAUUUAGUAAAAAUCUUGGACAUUAAACAAAUUCUUACAAUCACAAAUUAUGUAGAGGAAUUGCCAAAGGUUGCAAAAAAACUCCACUAUCCAGGAAUUAUUAAUAAAUCUUGGUUAAAAACUGCUAAUGCUAUGCAUUCUUGGCCAAAUGUUUUGGGCUGGAUAUGUUGGCUAGUAGAAAUUUGUGAAAUAAGGGAAAUAGCUUUUACAAAGUAUAAUUUAGAGAACCUACCAUUUGUAGGGAAUCAAAUAAACACAGUAAUUAAUAAAAAUACUUUUUUCUCAAUGCUAAAUUUUUAUAAUGCCUGGAAUGAUGAGAAAUUGGAUGAGGAAGCGUUAAUGAUCGAAAAAUAUUUACAAGAAAUUGAAGAACAGCAAGGUGUAAAUGAAGAAGACUUGAAUGCUGCGCGUUCUGAGCUAGAGGAAGAAAUGCUUAAAUUACAAGCAGCUGAAACAAAUUCAAAUAAAAUAGAUGAAGAAGUAAAACAUUUACAGGAAGUACUUUCAUCUUUACAGAACGAUGAAAAAAUGCAACUGAGUGAUAUCAGUGCAAAAGAGGAAUAUAUUAAAAAAAUUAAUUUCGAAGUAGAUCAAAUAAAAGUUGAGUGCAAUGUAUUGAGUGAACAAAUUUGUUUACAAGACACGCAGCAUAAUGAGUUACUUUCUAUUAUUAAGCAGCAACCAAUGUCUAAGACAGAAAGAGAUAAAAUUUUAAAUAAAUGUACAGAAAUUCAGGAUUACAUGCACCAGUUUGAUGAAUAUUUACAAGAGAUACAAAAAGAAAUAUACACUAUGGACAUUAAAUUAGCAUCUAUUAAUAAUAAUUUAACUAAGGCAAUUCUAACAUAUAAUAAAGAAAUAUUUAUGCAUCUUAGUGGGGAUCUGGGUGUGAAUCUAGAGGAGCUAAAGAUGCCAGAGAAAGGUAUAUUGCAACCCGAAAUUAUGGAAGUAUUAAGUACUAAAGCUAAUUUAAUAAAUGAUUUGAAAGAAUUGUUGAGAUCUCAAAUUAAUGAAAAAGAAUGUUUGUUAGAAUCAAAUACUAAUGAAUUAGAGAAUCUUCAAGAGAGAAUAAAAAUUCUAGAAGAUGAAAGUAAUGAUGUCGCCAGUAAGAUUAAAGAAAAGAAAGGCCUUAUAAGUAAAAUCAAAGCUGAUGCUAAGCACGAAGAAACAAAAUUAAGGGAACAAAUAAAAAAUCUGCAAAAUGACAUCAGAGAAGUUCAAGGUUUGAUGCCAAAUACACAACAACUUGCUGCAGAGUUAGAGGAAGCAACGGAUAAACUGGAUGCAGCUCAAAGAAGAAAAGCGUAUAUAGAGGAAUCUGCUAAAUUAUUUUUUGACAAAUUUUAUGAGAUUUUAAGUGAACAUAGGAAUAAGCUUGUCAGUAUAUUAACGAAACAUAAUAAAAAUUAUGUCUAUGGUUGGUGGAAAUCGAUUUGCAAGUUUAAAUAUUUGUUUGGUAUAAAAAACACAUUUUUCUACCAUUUUAUUAUAAUGAGUAGCAAAAUGAGCUCUGCUAGGAAAGCUGUUGCUACCCGCAGUAACAAAAAUACGGUGGAAAGUAACCACCAUUUGCCUACUUCUGGAUUAUCUUAUGAUUGUGAUAAACUGUUAGAAAUAAUUGUGAAAACCAAGGGCCGUAAACGUACAUCAACUAUGGUUAGCAGUAACCCAACUAGUCACAAAGUGGAAGAAAAAAAGAAACCUGGUCAUAGUGGUGAUCAAAACUGGGGUAGGGUGUUCAGAGAACAAAAUAAAGCUGUUAUGAAACAAGAGGCAAUGAGGAUACCAGGUUCAAAAUCAUCAAAACAUGGUAAUGGCACUAAGGAGACUAAGAAACAUUUUCUAAAUCAUCAGAAACUAGAUCACAAAUUUUUAGAUGAAGUUCCUGUCAAGCAAUCAACUUCUCAGAAAAGAAUAGAAGAACAUAUAAAAUCUAUACCAUACACUACAAAUCCAUCAAGUACAUCAAUACCAAGCACUGUAGAAUCUGUCAUAGUUUAUGACAGAGGAGUACAAUGUGAUGGAAUAUCUGAUUAUUCUGAUGACAAAUUUGGUGUGUUCAACCCGGUUCAUACAUUACAUUUUUUAAUAAAGGAAUUAGAACACUUAGUUAAAGAUGAUAAAGCUAAUAAAAUUCUUGCUGAUAUGGAGCAAGUAGUAUUUAGAAUACCAAUUGAACCCAGUAAACCACCUAUAGUGGAUUUAGAAGCUAAAUUAGAAACAACUAAACAAAUGAAUUCUAUGUAUGAAGCAUUACGCGAGGAGAGAGAUUCUUUACUGCGACAAGUUCAUGAACAACAAUUGUUAUUAAAUGAAGCUCAAAAAAGGCAGUUAGAUUUAGAAGUAAUUGAAAAAACAUUAAAACAAGAAUUAGAUAAAACAAUAAAAGCUAUUCAAGCUAGAGAUAAAACAAUAACCGAAUUAACAGAAGAGAUGAAGAAUUAUGAAUCUUCUCAAAAAAUUGUAGCAGAGUUAAGAACAAAUCUCGCUGAACAAACUGAACGUGUAAGACAGUUGAAUUCAGAGGUGAAGUAUUUAACAUUGGAAAAAGAUAAACUUUCAGUUUUGUCAUCAUACAAACAUUCGUUAUUAAUCGAACAUCUUAAUGAAAUCAAGAAGGUUCAACAUUUCAUUGCAGACCAAUUAAAAGAUAUUUAUAUUCACGAAGAUAAUUCGAAUCCACAAAUUCCAAUUGUUCAUGAACGUCGUGCAUGUUCAUCGCCUACUUCUACCUCUUCACAUGAUUCCAAUAUACGUACCUCUUGGCACGAUAUAUCUGAUGUUUCUUUAUCCACAGUGGAUCAUGAUCCAUCCAAAAUUAAACAUGUACAAGGUUUUCUGCAUAAAUCAAAUAAAAUACCAGUCUUUUCAGAAACUCAAAUUGAGAACCUAGAAAACAAACAAAUCAAGGAUGUUCAAGAACCUUCGAUUAAAGAUUCUGCCAAUUUAGAAUUUAUUAGUUUACCUGCUGGAGAAUCUUCACUUACCCUUUUACCUUCUUAUAAAGACCUGGGUUGCACAGAAAUUAGCCAAUAUGUUAAUCAAGGGAAAGAUGAUGUAGUAACAUUUAGUAAUAAAAAAAACGAUAAUUUACAAAGUUUUAAAGAUACAAAUAAAAUAUCAUCAUCGGAACAUUUAAAUUUGUCCAACAAAAAGGCUCAUGAGAAAGAGACUGAUGUACAAGAAUCAAAUAGAAUUAAAAAGUCUAUGGAGUCAAAUAAAGAACAAAGUUCGCCUCAUAAUUUAAUAGGCUCUAAUAUAACAGAACAAUUUCAGAAUAUAGUUGAAGAUAUAAGGAUGCAAAGUAAAAUGCCAGUUAACAUACCAAGUCCACUAAGGAGUUAUCCUCAUCCAGAAUGGAGUGAUAGUACUUUACCCACUAUCAGUACUGCUUCGGACAUAAAUGUGAUAUAACUCAAUAAUUCUUAAAUUUAUAUUAAAUAUUUUGCAAGAAAAAUGCAAUCUUAUUAUCCAAUUAAAUUAUUUUUUAUCCAAGAAAUUGAUUUUAAAAAAUGUAAAGAUUGUACUUUUAUAUUUUCAACGAUAUAAGAAUAUAUUUUUAAAUAAUAAUUUACACAUAGAAGAUAUACAUAUUAUAAAUUAUAUUAAUUUCUAACUCAAAUCUUUUGCACUAGUAUAUAUAUACACAUAAAUUUAGUUUAGAAAUAGAAAUAAAGUUUGUACAAAACAAUAUAUAAUUUUUAAAGAAGUUGGUUUUGGAUAUUAGUUAUAUUAUUGUUUUAAAAGAGCAUGUAAUUUAGAAGUUAUGUGCAUUAAUUGUACAUAAGUUAGAAGACUCUUAUAGGGUGACAGUGACGUUAAUACCAAAGCACAUAUUACGGUAUUUUUAAUUUUCCACUGGGAAACAAAUAAAAUUGAGUUUUGUAAUUGAACGUGGUAUGUAAGAUAACUUAAGACUGGAUAUUCCUGGAGAAUAAUUGAUAAUUUAAUGAAUAGUUUUAAUAAAUAAAAUGAGAUAUUCGCUUGUAAUAAAGAAUACGUGUGUUAUUGUUCAUAUUUCCACUUUGCUCAAUAUUAAAAAGAAUUACAAGGAUGUAAUAUAAAUAUGACAUGAAAAACCAGGUGUAUAUAUAUAUAUAUUUUUUAUCACAUAUGUAUAUAUACAAGUAAAGUAUAAUACUUAUAUUUUGUAAGUCUUAAUAGGAUUAAAAGGGAACAUUUUAGUACACGUAAAACAUUCAUCAAUUUUGCACAAAGACGUUUUUAAGUACAUAUACAUGUUUCCCAGUAAGCGUGUAUAUGUGUACUCUCUCUUCACGAAAAAUUCGAUCUCUUUUUUUUUUAUGAUUAUUUUCUUUUCUAGGGACCGAGAAACGUUCAUUCGCUAACAACUAUCGUAAUACGAACACAGUCCUAACAUUCGAUGCGUGUAAAAUAAGUUUAACGUUAUCUUCGAGACGAAAAAGACUGUCUUCGCAUUUGAACGACUUCGAUGAAGAUUGUGAUAAAAUGUGAAAUAUUAAAAAUGUUUAUUUAUACGCGUGAAAUAUUACGAAGGAACUUUCCUCAAAUAAAUUUCAAAAACGGAAUUUCAUCUUACAUUUUUGUUACUUCUUCUUGUUCAAAAUUAUGAAAAGUUACAAAUUCGAAAUUUUACAAUUUGUAUUCUCGCGCCAUUUUCCCAUCCUCCUAUCAGAUUCAAAAUACGCUCUGAAUUUGAAAACGAUGCGAAACGCUUGCGCCCUCAAGGAAGAUUCCUUCGUAUUUACGCGAUAUCGAAAGAUUUAAAGUUCCCUUGUCGGAUACGUAUACUUUCACGUACAGGUCAGUACGGUUGUCCUUACGGCAUACUCGAGAUAUUUUUAAAAACAUAAAUUAUUUUUUAACGUUUUCUUAAUGGUCUUCGUAAUUAAUCUUAGAAAUAGUACUUUUAACUCAUAAUACAAAAGUUCUUACUCUAAGAAGAAUAUAGAAAUUGAAGAUUGACAUUAGUAACAACUCUCGAAUGAAACUUGCGGGAAAAUUCGAGACAUCUGAUCGAUAUCUCGAAUGGUAUUUUUUACAGUGAGAGGGAAGUGCAUAGAAUCCAUCAUGGUUGCCGUAAUUCGAAAAUUUUCGUCGAUGUACAUAAAUACUUGGGUUCGUAUAUAUUUUAUUAUUUGUCGUACGAAAUUACCAAUAUCCCGGUAAUAAUCUACGAUACAUCACGAAUCACAAAUGUUUCGUUAUUUUUACGUAUUGAUAUCGUAAUGACUCUGAGGUAUUACGUACGUUUGUAAUUUAAGAAAAAUCGACAUUCUUCGAACGAUCAUUCCGAAUGCAUCUCGGGAAAUAUAUUGUAUUUUCAAAUCUUAUUCGAUAUUAUAAACGAAAUUUUUCGUUAAUUCCACUUUGUAAUCGAUAAUCCCUGUAGGAGAUCAUGGAAUUAAGUAAUCGACGCCGAUUGCCAAUUAAAUAAGCAUUACAACAGUUCCAAAGAGAAAAAAAGAACACAAAGUAAAUAAAGAACCGUUCGAAUUUGGCGCUUUUCUAAUUGGAUAUCGGCGGUAUUACAUCGAAGGUUGUCACACGUGCUGUUUAUUUUUGACAUUCAAAUGGUCGAUCAGUUUGGCAUAACGCGAAUUCAAAAUAAUACAUUUCUAAACGUUCAGUUGGCAACAUGCGAUUUUUCGGUGACGCAUCAGAGUCGAACUACAUACGAAAAUCUAUUUUAUCGGUUUAAAUAUGGUCUUUUCGUUAUAAUGAAAUAGAUUGUGGUUAAAGUAUCAAGUGUGUAUAAAUAAGACAUUAAGAAACAUCAAGUACACGGAGAUAGUGUAUUUUAUGAAAGUUUCCUUCAUAGGUGUAAGAUUCGUAAGCGAGUAAACAAAUGAAAAAAGCUACGCUAUUGAAUAAUCACAUUGCCAACCAGAUUUCGGGAAUCGGUUUACUUCGACUACGAUCAUCGAAGGGUGAGUAACAAGAAAAGUAUUCAACAAUUAGAUUAAUUUGCAAUUAACAGCACAUCGAAAACCUUCACAUAUUACAUAUAUGUAUAUGUAUAUGUGUGUGAGAUGUCUGAUGUGUUAUGUGUGUAUGUCUGUAUAUAUAAUAAUAUAUAGCUAUCUUAAAUACAUAUGUACAUCCCUUUUUUUUUUUUUUACGAAGUUAAUGACUUAAUGUAUGAGAUUUAUUUUUUGGUACCGAUCGGUUCUUCGUUUUUUGAUUUUCAUUGAAAAUUA